GCAGUGGCGGCUCUCAGAGCUGGGUUGUCAGUCAGUGAGUGGAGGGGGAAGAUGGCCCGCCCGGACCCGCUUUGCUAGGAAGAAGGGGGGCAGGUGGUGCUGCUACUCAAGAGAAGGCAGAGCAGCCGCCGUCGCUGUCGCCGCGGGCCAGACAAGUCGAGAUUCUGGAGCUGGAGCUCCGGGAGCCGCUGCGGAUGAACAUUUAGAACAAAUGUGGAAAGAUGUUCACUUCAGAGAAAGGGGUUGUGGAGGAAUGGUUAUCAGAGUUUAAGACACUACCAGAAACAUCUUUACUAAAUUAUGCCACAAAUUUGAAAGACAAGAAUUCUUUAGUUUCGUCUCUCUAUAAAGUUAUCCAGGAGCCACAAAGUGAGGAAAUAGUUGACAAAGAGGGACAUAGCAAAGUAUUGAGUUUUACGAUUCCAUCUUUAUCUAAACCAUCUGUAUAUCAUGAACCUUCCAGCAUUGGGUCCAUGGCUCUGACCGAGAGUGCACUAUCCCAGCAUGGUUUGUCAAAAGUUGUGUACAGUGGACCACAUCCUCAAAGGGAGAUGCUGACAGCACAGAACAGUUAUAAUGGAGAAUGGGAUCUAGCUCAAAAGGCAUUGGAUGAUGUUAUAUACAGAGCCCAGUUAGAAUUAUAUCCAGAGCCAUUGCUGGUUGCUAAUGCAAUAAAGGCUUCAUUGCCUCAUGGUGCCAUGAAAUCUAGUAAGGAGGGUACAAGGUGUAUUCAAGUUGAAAUCACACCAACUUCCUCUAGAAUAUCAAGAAAUGCAGUAACCAGCAUGUCAAUAAGAGGUCAUAGGUGGAAAAGACAUGGAAAUACAGAAUUAACAGGUCCAGAAGAACUGAUGGACAUAUCUGAAGUUGACGAGGGAUUUUAUUCCAGGGCUGCAUCUAGUACCAGCCAGUCAGGUUUAUCAAAUAGCAGUCACAAUUCUAGUAACAAGACAAGUGUGGGAAAGACUCAGAGACGGUCAGGAGGAAGCAAAACUGGAGGAAAAGAAAAAGAAACUACAGGGGAUAUUUGCAAAGAUCACUUUGCUCGAAAACAAACUCCUAGAGCCCAAAGUGAGAAUCUCGAGCUUCUCUCCUUGAAGAGACUUACGUUAACAACCAGCCAGUCCCUGCCGAAACCUAGUGGCCAUGGUUUGGCUAAGACUGCUGCAACUGUGUUUAGUAAAUCCUUUGAACAAGUCAGUGGUGUCACAGUCCCACAUAACCCAUCGUCUACUGUGGGCUGUGGGGCUGGGACCGAUGCCAAUAGGUUUUCCGCUUGUAGUCUCCAAGAAGAAAAGCUUAUUUACGUCUCUGAAAGGACUGAACUUCCAGUGAAGCAUCAAUCAGGUCAGCAGAGACCUCCUAGUAUUAGCAUUACUCUGUCCACAGACUAAUUUCUAAGAGUUUUCUCACAUGGCCAGUGAAUCUGGAAAUACGACUCUGCUUCUUUAUUAAAGUGCCAGGGUCUUUCAUCCCUGUUCCUGACCAGAGCCCCAAUGUCUUAAAUUCUGAAGGCGGCCUGGACUUGAUGAAGGGAAAAUGUGUCAGUUGCAGGAAGCUGAGAUCAUGGUUUUGUUAUUACUUGGUUGUGUUUUUUCCCCUUGACUUGAGUCUUUCUUUUUUUUUUUUUUUCUUUUUUCUUUGCUUCUGUUGCCCUAAGAUUGUCAGUGUGACAAUACAUUUUGGCAGGUUGUCUGGUCAGAUUGGUUACAUCUCAUGUGAGGUUGUGAGUUUUUUCCCGUCGAUAACUCCUAUUUUGGUAGCUGUAUGUUUGGCCUUCAGAGUCAAAGGAAAUCUCCAUGUGUAGGAACUGUUUUUCAAAGGAUGAGUUAGAGGUGCAACCCCAGGAAUUCUACAGCUGGCUGUUCAGCAAGCCAGUUGGAAAAACAGGCAUGUACAAAACCAAAAAUGAUGUCUAUGAAAAGUGCCUGAUAUGAAUGUUUGUAACCAGACCAUCUUUAAGAUUAAUGAAACAGUUUAUAUGAAGCGCUGGAAAAUUCCUGGUACUCAAAGUACCUAGCUAUUCCGUGAUUUCAGGGGAUGGGCAGAGGGAUUUCUGUUGCUAUCUUUGGAACAUUUUUUUUAUCACAAAUCAAGUUGCUAGUAAAAUGUUGUCUUGAAGCAUUGGAUCUGGAUUUAGCAGGUGAAAAUCCCUUUUAGUUUCUAAGAUGUAAUGUACCAUAAAACUGACUUAUCUGCCGCUUGACUUCAGGAACCCUAGUUAGUUUGGAUUCCUAUAAUUCAGAGCGCACAUUGUUGAAGACUUCCUGGAAAUUGUAAAUCUUGCAACACAGCUCUCAAGAUGCCAGGGUCAACAAUAUUGUUUGCCUGCAAAUGAAGGAAAUUAGGUAAAUUUUUCAUCUAUAAAACUUCAUAAAAAAUAAAGAUAGUAAAAUAUGGACAAAGGACAUUUACAUAUUGACUAAUAAAGGGUUAUUUAUGUUAGUGUUCUUAAAUUUAAAAUUAUAAAACAUAAAAAUAAAUGUGUUUCUUAUUUUGUGAACAGGACUAUUUUAAAUGUUCUUGUUGUGACAGAAAGAAUAAUCAAUGUAGUUACCCCCAAUCAAAAAAUAAAAAUAAACAAGGCAAUAUGUCAGAAGCUAAACAAACUUGCAUGUCGCUAUAGAGAACUAUGUGACCUCUAGAUGGGCAUAAAAGUUUGGUGUUUGCUAGUGGUGGUCAUUUCAGCUAUGGUUGAGGUCCCCUGUAAAUCAAGAACACUUAAAGUAAUAAUUCAGAGGAAGAGAGAGAAAACAGGGCUGAGGAUGCGAGUAAGCAGACCAGGAAAGAAGGCUGAAGGAGUCGUCUACUUGGUCUCUUCCAUUGUGAGUACACAGUGGUGUCCUUAUUCAUGGUCUCUAGCUGUGGCCACACAGAGAAAAUGCUAAUUUUCUUCAUAUACCUGCCUCUGCAGAGCUCAAAUAUGUGACAAAUGUGUGUGUGUUGAAGAAUGCUACCACAUUUACAGUAUGAACGCAGUUCUGACCAUAACUGCUUUGGCUACCAUUUUAAAUCGAAUUAUUCAACAGGCAUGAACUUAUUUUCAUUCAUUAACCCAGAAUAGCAUAUGUUUUUCAAUACAAGUAAAUUUUAUUUUUGUAGUAAUAUAAAUAAGACCUAUUGGCAUAAAUUAUAAUAACAAAAAAAAGCCAGGCAACCAGACAGUGAAAGUUGAUAUAGUAUUAAUUGAAUAAGACUCCUGUGUACAAUUUAAAAUGUUUGUAAAAUGUCAAUGUGAAUUUCCUGUUUUUGUGUAAUUCUUUAACAAAGAAUUUCCCCUAGGCAUAGCUACUAACAGUAUUAAUAGUUUCAGGAACUAAUUUAAAAGAUUGAUGUUUGUUAUAAGCAAGCUAAGGUGCUUAGGAAACAUUAUAAAAUAAGUUUGAGGAAACAUUAGCUGGCACAAAUGAGCGAUCAUAUUUUAAUGUUCAACUGCUCUAGUGGAAACUCAUUUUGGUAUUGUUCUAGAUCGUUGCCACUCAUGGUCUGAGAACUGGUAAGUAACUUUGGCAUCACCUGGCAUCUUGUUAAAAAUGCAGAAUUUCAGAGUCACCCCAGAUUUACUGGAUCAUAAUUUGCAUUUUAACAAGAUCCUCAGGUGAUUUUUAUGUACAUUAAAGUUUGAGAAGAGAGUAUCAAAGCAAGUCACUUAUCUAAUAAUUAAAAUUCUCAGUGGUCUCACACCCCUAGAUCAAAUAUGUUAGAUACCAGAUCAUUAUAAUUAUCAUUGUUUUUAACAGCAAGUUAAUUUUUAAUAGUGUUAAUAACACUUGACUUCUUAAGUUCUCUAAAUUUUUAAUGAUUCUCACUUAUUUUUACAGUACAAAUAUAACAUUUUGUAUUUUUCUUGUUAACCAUAAAUGGAAUCAGAGCUGUAGAUGUCUACAAUUUUAAGUAUGAAAUGGGUACAAUGCUUUUAUACAAUGCAGCAAAUCUGCAUUUGUAUAUUCGUUUAGAAACUCUGAAGGCUUACUCAGUGGAGUGGUUCUGAAUUUUUGCUCCAAGUAAUCUCCAUCAGUUAAUUUUCUGGAAUGUGGAGUGAUAGUAACAGUAAAAUUCUUUUACAGUACCUUUGAUACUAUUUCAAAUGAGGAUUAUACAUUUGAAAUUUUUUAUAGCUAUUAUAAAUAUUGGAUAAUGCUAACUAUAGUAACAAUUGUAAUUAUCUCUACUGUUCUCUUUCCACUCACCUUUCCAAGUUUGAAAGUUGGAAUGGCUUUGGUGGGUCAUUUUCUCAUGAAGAUGCUGAUGUGACCAUUUGGUCACAUACCUCCUAUAUAUCCAGAAUAAUACAUUUUCAUCAUGAGAAGCAUUCUGCACAAAUUGGGGCCUUGCACCCUAUUACUAAGAGGAUCUGAGCAGUAGCUCUUCCACAAUUUAAACCUCUAGAGAGUCUUGAAAUUACCCCACCUCUCACUCUUUACCCGAAUACCUGGAGUAUUCCAGUGAACCUGUGUCCCAGCGUUUGUCUUUAGGAAUCCUAGUGGGGAGAGAAACAAAGUGGGUUUUCCCCCAGAGGACCCAGGGCAAGUGCCACCCUGGAACCCUUUGUGCACCACUAGUGAACUUGUAAGGCAGCUCUGUAGACUGAUUUGCCGCAUAGAAAUGCUCAGUCCUUAAAUGAUGACAAAGUUCAUCUUGAAAAUGCAAUAUUUUAUUGCCCUUUUCAAUUAUGAUGCAACUGCUUAGCAAACAUUACUCAUUUAAAAACAAAAAGUUGAAUUAAAGGGAAAUAUAUUUUUUUAACCAAAAUAGAUAAAAAAUGAUCCCAGUUUUAAGGGAUUUUGCCUGUUUUGGAAGAAUAAAAUUAAAGUGUUAAAGCCUUUAAUUUUAAAUUAUAGAAAAUAAAUUGUACUCUGAGACAUAAUUUUAAACAAAUAUUUAAAACAGGCUGUUUAACAUUUGAGUCUAUAGGCACAAUAAAUCUAUCUUUAUUGAAGUGAAGUACAUCAAGGAAAUAUGUUAAAUAAUGUAACUGAAAAAAUAUUUUUUAAAGAGCCAUUUAAAAAAGGAAUAAUUUGUGGGUACUUAAACUAAGCAUUGUAGAUAGAAAUGAAUGUUUAAUAAUGUCUUCCCAAUCUUUGGGUGAAAAAUAAAAACCAUUGGGUUCUUUAAUUAGCAUGAAUUUAUACUUAUAGAUUUGUUGCUUAAUAAAAUUAUACUUACUACUUUGAGUUAUUUUCAUUUAUGUUUAAUAUUGUUAGAUUCUCCAUUAGAUAACAUAAAUAUGUUGUCUUCUGUGCUUUGUAACUUGUGCAUAUCUAGAGACGAGCAGUAAACAUUUUGGAAGAUGUUUUUGUGUUUAGUAUAGUAGAGUUCUAGAGUACCUAUCUGCGUCUUGAUAUGAAGUUUCUAGUAGUAAACUCAAGAUCCUAUUUCAUAUACUGUUGCUUUCGCUUAAGUGGAGUUUAUUGUAUACCUCUUACCUUUACUUCUAAUCAUGUAGUGAUACUAAUCUUUUCACAGUAAAUAUAUCUGUUCUAAUUGUGUUCCUAGAGUUUACAUUCCUAAAGAAUAAACUAUGACUUUGGAUAUUUUUA